CGUUUUUAGAGUAAAAGUUAGUUAAAGUGGUAGUUGAAAGUCCUUAUUUUCCUUAAAAAUUUAUUAAUCAAAAAGAAAGUCCAAUAUUCUCAACUGUUAACAAUAAUAAAAAUAAUAAUAUUUUUUUCCAAAAUAAUUGGCGGCUACCCUUUUUAUUUAAACCCUUCACUUGGUUUAUCCCAUUUUCUGCAUCUUCUUACUCUUUUUCCUCUAUGUGUGUCCUCUUUUUCUGCCUUUAUUGAUUGCCCCAUUAUUUGAGUCGGUGGAUUUAGAAAUCUUAAGCUUAGAAGCUGGAAACUACCAAAAAAAAGUCUAUAUAUUCGCACAAAUUACUUUAAAGCUUAUUUUUUGAAGAAUUAAGAAGAAAAAAUGACAAAUUGUGAAGAAACUCCCUUAGAUUCAAGAGAUGGUUCAUUUGAAGAAAUUACGGAUAAAAAUGGUGUUGUUCAUGUCAUUAUUCGGAACUCUAGAGGCGCUUCGGUUCGGAUAAGCUUGUAUGGGGGCCAAGUUCUUUCAUGGAGAAAUGAACAAGGAGAAGAAUUAUUAUUCAUGAGCAGUAGGGCUACGUUUAAGCCACCAAAUGCAGUCCGAGGUGGGAUUCCCAUUUGUUUUCCUCAGUUUGGAAGCAAGGGACUAUUAGAGCAACAUGGGUUUGCAAGAAAUCGAAUGUGGACGAUCGAUGAUCAGCCUCCUUCACCAAAAAUUAAUGGAUUAAAAGGCCAUGCUUCCGUGGAUUUAGUGUUAAAACCUUCUGAGGAAGAUUAUAAAGUAUGGGCUAACAGAUUUGAAAUUCGACUGAGGGUUACACUAACAGAAGAAAACAAUCUGAUUAUGAGAUCUCGCGUUAAGAAUGUUAAUGGCAAACCUUUCAAUUUCUCUUUUGCAUUCCGUACAUAUUUCGCAAUCUCAGACAUCAGUGAAGUUCGAGUAGAGGGAUUGGAGACUCUGGAUUACUUCGAUUGUUUACAAGACAGACAAAGAUUUACAGAACAAGGAGAUGCCUUAACAUUUGAAUCAGAGGUUGAUCGGAUAUAUCUGAGUUCAUCAGAUGUAGUUGCACUCUUCGAUCAUGGAAGUAAAAGAACAUUUCAGAUAAGAAAACAAGGGCUUCCUGAUGUAGCUGUGUGGAAUCCAUGGGAGAAAAAGGCAAAGGCAUUACAAGAUCUUGGUGAUGAGGAAUACAAAAAAAUGUUAUGUGUGGAUGGUGCAGCAAUUGAGAAACCCAUCACCCUUAAGCCUGAAGAAGAAUGGAGUGGACUAUUGGAAUUAUCAGUCCUUUCUUCUUGCUAAUUAAGGAUAACAAAUACAGCUUAUAUGUUAUAUUUAGGAAAAAUAAUAAUCAUGCAUGUUGCCAUAUUUUCGAGGCAAUAUGCUGUUUAUAUAUAUAUAUAUAUAUAUAUAUAUAUAUAUAUAUAUAUAUAUAUAUAUAUAUAUAUAUAUAUAUAUAUAUAUAUAUAUUUAAUUACAACAUUUUACUAUUUAUCGUAAUAGAAUAAAUGUUGCAAUUAAAACAAUGAGGAAGUAUUUAAAAUUUCUGACUGCUACGUAUUAUCUGCAAGUUCAGCUAUCAAUAGGAUAUAAGGAUUUUUUCUUUUAUUUUUGUUCCAUUUUGGGUAUGAUGGGUUUUAACUUAAUUUUGGUGAGGUUGGUAAAAGAUAUGUUCAUUUGCAAUUGUAUAUCUAUGAUGCUGAUUUGCCCUUAAGAUUAUUUACUCAAGGUCAAUGAGAUUGUAAACUUUGUAUUAUUACUAUUGUUUAAUUUAUGUUAACUAAAA